AUGAAUUUUAUGGUGCAUCAUUAUCAAGAGUAUGGUACAAAAUAUUCAAUAUCCGCAAUUAACGAUAAAAUGAUUGUCUGCUUAGGUAGAAAUGGUAAUCUUGUUGGACUUCAAAUUUGCGAAUUGGAAGAAAAUAUUGUAGCAGAAAAAAUGGAAGAAUUACAAUGGGAAUGUAAAGAGAACGGCAAGUUUUCUCUUUGCAAUGAUCAAACAUGGUUAGAACAAAAGAAAGCAGACGACAUCCAAGCUGAAGAAAAUAAAUCAACAGCUUUGAAAAAGGAUAUUCUAACCGACAUAAAAAUAUUGAAAUCUAAGGUGCCUCAUUGCAUUCUUCUUUCUUUCAAUGGCAAUACGAUUGUCAAUAAUUUUUCAUUACGUCACUUAAAUGAAUCUGAAAAAAUUGAUGAUCAUUUUAUCGAAGUUUUUGAUACCCCAUUAUCAAAUAUAUAUGCUGAGCAUACUGAUAAUAAAGAAAUUGUGUCACGUCUUAAAUUACUUACGGCAGUUACUGCCUUUGGUUCCCGUUCUUAUACGCUUGAUGAUAAAUGUUUCUUAGAACAUAGCGAUGCUAUUAUGCUUUCUGGAUCAAGUAGUUUCAAAUGGUUAAACGAUAAUACUCCAAUCAGUCAGUUAAUGAAUUUAAAUUGUAAUCCAAGAAAUUAUGAUAUAGCUACUUCUAAGGAAUAUAAGUUAAAGCUGAAACAUCAAGUAUUGAAAGAAACUUCCGAGCGAUUGAUGAAAUUAGAUGAAUUGAAUGGUCGGUUAAAAAAUUUAUUCGGAACAGUGGAAAAAGAUGCUAAUAAGUUCAAUAAUAUAAAAUGGCACUCGAUGGAAGUUCUGGAAGAAAUAAUGAAUGAUGAUAAAGAUGCUUCGCCCGAUAUGAUAAAUAAUUGUUUAAGUAAUCAAAAUAAAGGUGUGAUAUAUGAUUAUGCAUUUCGUGAAGAGAAACUCGAUGAAAUGAUGGAUGGAGUUUUAGAGAAGAGAUGGGAGGAUGAAAUAGCGAAAGAUAUACAGAAGCCGUAUUGCUUAACGUUUAAAUCUCCGUCAAAAUAUAAUGAUGAAGAUAUUAAGGCUGUAGAAGCUUAUCAACAAAUGGUUGAAAAUUUAGAAAUCGAACGAGAGAAAUACAAAGUUCACUUAGUAUCUGAAAUCAAUAACAUAAAUGCUAAAAUACGAGGCGACAUCGAUGAUUUUGAUAAAAGAAUGCAUGCUCUUGCUAUAGAAAGAAUAAAAAUUCAAUCGGCUGUAUUGCAAGAAUUUUUAUUGCGAUUAAACGAGGAAAGGUAUCGAGCUUCAACUGAGCACGAAGAGAAUAAAAUGUCUUUACUUAUAAAUAAAGAUUUAGUGCAAUUGGAAGAUAAUUGUCAAAUCAUAAUAGCCGAGAUAGCGAAUGUUAAGCCCAUCAUUUUGGAACUAAAAAAAAUGUGCCUCUGUUUAAUAACUGAUAGAAAUUCCCAGAUAUUGCCCAAGGAGUAUUUAGAUUUUUUAUGUAACAUGGAUGCAAUGGACGCGAUGCCAACAAAUUUGCCAUUUCAAAUUGAUAGUACACUUUGGCAAACAUUUUGUACAUUACGACGCAAUAAAGUAGAAUCGGAAAUUAAGAUAAAAAUGGCUGCCCUAGAGUUAGCAAAUGCCGAGCAAACGCAUUCUUAUUUGCAAAGGUUGAAUUUAUCGAUUCAAAAUAAUAUAUGUACAAUUAAAAGUACCAUCGCAGAACAAAAGCAGAAACAAUUAAAAAUGACAGAUAAUUUCAAUGUACAAAUUGUUUUAAAAUCUGAACAGAUAGAAGUCGAUUUGUCAGAAUGUUUUAGUAAUUUUAACAAUGCUACUCUCGUCACGUAUAAGCAUCUCACGGAAAUUAAUGGCAAUAUUGUAAAAGAGGGAAAGAAAAAUAUUAAUGUCAUACGUGCACGAAUGAGUUUGAGAAAAUCUAUACUUUUGCUGGAGUGGAAAUAUCAGUGUUCACUUACAAAAGUAAAGCACUUAAAAGAGCAUUUAGCACUCGUGCAAAAUACAAAAGUGAAUCAAUGGCGUCUAGAGGGUUGA